AUGGUGUCCCUCAAGGUCCAGAAGUCGGCCGCCUGCGCGUGGUUCGCGAUGGCCCUCCUCACAGUGGCGGCGAGCGCUACCCACGCUCGGCACCACUUCCACCGCCAGAAGAAGCUGGUGGAGCACAACGCUCGGCAGGUGAUGCGGCUGAAGGAGCGCGGGCCGCAGCCGCGCGUGGUGGGCGUGGCGCCGGCGCUGCACCUCAAGUCGUCGGAGAUGGUGGAGCCCUGGCUGACGGUGCUGCACCGCUGCGACGAGGUGGCCUGCUGCGCCUUCAGCCAGAUGCCCGGCCAACGCUGCCUGCCCAAGCAGGAGCGCGUCACGCUGUAUUUCCGCGCAAUCGACAUAACCUCCAAGACGUGGCGCAUCAUCCAACAUGAGUUCUUCAACCACACCGAGUGCGCCUGCCGUGCCGUCGACCACGGGCCGUAG